GCGCCGCGCGCGGCCCCGGCCCGGGGCAGGGCGGCCAUGGGCGCCAAGCAGAGCGGCCCGGCCGCUGCUAACGGCCGCACCCGCGCCUAUUCGGGCUCGGAUCUACCUUCCAGCAGCAGCGGAGGCACCAAUGGGACCGUUGGCGGCGGCGGCGGCGGCGGCAGCAGCAGCGGGGCGCGGGCCGCGGCUGCCGGGAGGUUUCCGGCUCAGGUGCCCGGCGCGCACCAGCCCAGCGGUUCGGGCGGUGCCGCGGCGGCCUCAGCGGCCCCGCGCAGUCGCUCCCUCGGCGGGGCCGUGGGGAGCGUGGCGUCGGCGGCCCGAGCGGCGCAGUCCUCCUUCAGCAUCCCCAACAGCAGCAGCGGCCCGUACGGCUCGCAGGACUCGGUACACAGUAGCCCCGAGGACGGCGGCGGCGGCGGCAGAGACCGGCCGGCGAGCGGGGGCCCCGGCGGGCCGCGUCUGGUGAUCGGCUCCUUACCAGCUCAUCUCUCGCCGCACAUGUUUGGAGGAUUUAAGUGCCCCGUAUGCUCAAAAUUUGUACCUUCAGAUGAAAUGGAUUUGCAUCUUGUGAUGUGUUUAACAAAGCCAAGAAUAACCUAUAAUGAGGAUGUACUGAGUAAAGAUGCUGGGGAAUGUGCAAUAUGCCUUGAAGAAUUGCAGCAGGGAGAUACUAUAGCACGACUGCCUUGUCUAUGCAUAUAUCAUAAAGGCUGCAUAGAUGAAUGGUUUGAAGUAAAUAGAUCUUGCCCUGAGCACCCUUCAGAUUAAGCAUCAGCUUCCUGUUUUAUAGGUUUUCUUGUCUUUCCAAGAUGCUUGAAAAACUGAGAGGAUAUGAGGAUCUGUCUCUGGAAAAAGAAAAAACUGCAGGCAUACUCAGCCAGAAAUCUUGAGUUCUGUGAGACUUGGUAAUGCAGAGAUGGACAAUCAUACGGGGGAUAACCCUGCUGAAGAGAGGACAGUUGCCACAGAACUCAGUGUACCAAACAUGCAUAUAAAGGACACACAGGGAUUUUGAAAAUGCUGCACAUCCCUUAAUAGUCAUCUACAUAGGUAACACUGAUAAACAUUUUGUAUUCAGACGCCAAAGUUAACUGAUUUAGAAGUUGAUUUUAUUAAGUUCUGUAGAGCUGCGCAACUAGUUGUGUUUUGACUUGGUUUUUAGUUGGGGGUCACUUUAUUUUCCCCAACAUGAUGUUUCUGCAUUCAUCUAUUCUUAAACUGAAGACCACAUAAUGUACUUCUUAUAAAUUAAAGUCUUAAAUGUGAAAACCAGAAAUGUAAUCAAGCAGUAAAACAUUGUCUGAAUGUAGACCAUGAUCUCAAGUUCUUCUAUUUUUUUCCCCCAAGAGUGGAAAAUAGACUUCUGCAUAGGAGAGCUGAAAUAUGUUCAUAUUUGAAAUUGAAGGUGUAACAGUACCAGAAUGCAGUCCGAAGAGUAAAUCAGGUUACAUAGUUACAUUUUAAUGCACUAAAUCUAAGAUUGUCGAUUGAAUUGCAAUUUAUUAAUGUAUUAUUUCCUCAUAAAUAAAACCGCUCAAUAGUUAAUCAGUAAUGAAUCAUCUUGCAGCUAUGCAACUUUUUAAAAAAAUACAAAUUACCAAUUUUAAGUGCUGCCAGCUAUAAUAACUUUGUUUUAACGGGUAUUUUUAUUUGUUCUCUUCAUGUAAUUAUUUUAUUGUGCUUUGCAUCUCCAGACAGUUUUCCCACAUUUGGAUAGAAUGUUUAGCAGGUUGUAAACUUCUUAACUUAUGAAAAGGGUAAAAUAAAAUUUUCUUGAGUGGAACUUGGGAUAAUUUGAGGGACAUUUUAUAUACUUUUAAAAAUCAGAAUUUAAUUGGGAUGCCAGAUUUAUAGCAAUUUGCAUCUUUAAUUUUCCAGAUAAUCUGGAGGUUAGUGUUUGAUAAAUGAUUUUUUAAAGCAAAUAUGAAGAUUUUGUUAAUUUAUAAUUUAUUAAUGUAUUAUUACUGUAAUUGAAAAUGUUAUAGAGACUUUUAAAUUCAGUCUUGUGUAGAAAGAAAUGUAUUAAGCAAAAUUAUGUGAAUAAAUAUUCCCAUAAAA